CGUAGCCAAGUGCUAUAUUUUCUCUGCUUUUAAAGUGUUAAAUUUUUUUGAAAUUUAAUUGUAAUUAUGUCUUCAUUUUAUAGGUUUCCUUUGAUCUUGAGACACCGUUGAACAUCGUGAAACAAAGAAAAAUUGCCCCACAGUUGAGCCUCUGAGACGACACAAAAAAGCCAUCUACAUUUCUGAUCGUCUGUAUUGGGAAGCUGUUAAAAUUCUUUAUGAUCUGAAGGAGAACAACUGCCACUAAAAACAUAAAACCAAAAUUAAUAUUUAGCAACAACUUUCCCUGAUGUUUUUUUUAUCAAGCAACUUCUUAUUGCAAAAAGUUGCUUUUUUCUUUUUUAAAAUGAGCAAAACCAAAUUCAUUUUUUUUCUUUAAAAACACAGCUUAAUCCAAAAAAGCUAAACCUUGAGGCGCUGUCGACGAGAAAAUUAAUUGGAUAUGCUGAAAAAGUGCCAGAAUGACAGCUCUGGAGACUGAGGUCCUCUUCACCAAAGCAGGCUGAGCCCAGGUUUCAUCAGUGCAAGUUUUCCUCAACAAUGUAUUGCUGUCUUGCAUAUGGAAGGCCAUGUGGGGUGAAAGGGGAGUUCAGUCUCCAAAGCCCACCUCAUUUGGUCUUUCCAUUACUGGGUGAACUCAUGAUACAGACCUUCAAUAGCAAUUCUUCAAAACUGGACUGAAGCCACACAAGGACUCUACAAGUCACCACAGGCUGGUAACAACUUUACAGUCCCACUCCACUAUCAUCUGUACCCGGAUAAUAUUUUCCUCCAUAUGAAAACACAACUGGAUAUUGAUUUCUUCCGGCCGUGGACUUUUUAGAAUUACUAUAUCCAAAACAUAGGAGUACACUUGGACCUGGGCCUUCCUGCUUUAAGGGAAAAUAAUUUCUACACAAUACCUAAUCUACAUGGCUUUGGAAAAGUAGGGUAUCUGCUUAGUCCAAUUUGCUAUAUUAAAAGAACUGAAGAUUGUGGAAAACAAAGAAGACUAUUGGUCAUUGUUUCUACCACAGAAGCAGUUACUUAAUGCUAUAGAAAGUUUAAAAAAAUAUUUGGCAUAUUAAUAGGGAAGGCCAAAAUUUAGCAUACUUAAUUUUGCAAAAGUGCCCUGCAAGAUGACAAAAUUUAUUUAAUUAAGGUACAUUUAUCAUACUUCAUUUUGUAUUCAAAACAAUAUUUCUGGACAAAUUCAUUAAAGUGGACAGUUUUCAUUGCAUCAGACUUACAAGAAUUUAAUCAGAUGCACCUGAUUAUGCUGUCUACAUACUUCUAAAUGCAAUCUGAAGCCCAGUAAUACAAUUGCAAGCCCAUUACCGAAUAUGGCCAUAUCUAAUCCAGCAGAAUGAAGAUCAUUAAAACUACUGGCUACCAUAAUUUCAACAAGUACACCUUUGGUGUAAUGGGGUGGUAAUGCUCCAUUUACUAUGAAAUUUAUAAACUUAUACCACAGUAUAGACCUUAUUUACACAGCUUAAUGAGCUGAUGGAAAUGCCAGUAUAUUUCACACCUUAAAAGAUUUUUAGAUGAGCCACAUUAGGAAUUAAAUGGCUGCUUUAAGAUAUAGUUAAAAUUAAGGGCCAAUGCUUUUGAGUAGCUGUUAGCCAUGUGGCCCCAAUGUUACUGGAGCAGAUAAACCUAACUACGUAAUUUUACAAAUUUAAAAUUCUGUUCCUUGAACAUAUCUAUAUAAAAAUCUGACAAAAGAUCAGGAAGUACAUUCGCAAAUUUAUUACACAUUUUUUGAUACUACCAUCUGAUGGUUUGUCUUUCAAACAAUGCUCUUUAAUCAAAGAAUUGUGGCAGAUUCCUGAACUACAUAACAGUCUCUCACAGAAAGCCACAUUAAACAACUUUCUGGGCACAAACAACAAACCCUGUGAUUAAAACCAGUACUUGGCUAUAAUUUGCAGAUCAGCUAAUUUAUUCCCACUUUGCACUAUGACCUGGGGGCAAAUGGAAAAUGUGUACUAUGUAUAUCUGGGCAUUCACUGAGCAGUUACUGUGUGGAUCCAGAAUCAAAUGAGUUUUAUAGAGGCCACCAAUAUAGGGUAAUAGAAAUCUAACAGAAACAAAGAACUUUAUUAGUAUGCUUGAUCAAUUAUAUUUCUGACAUAUGAGACCCUGUAAACUAUGAAGUUUCACUGGGAUAUAGUUCAUCAUUUGUAAUACUUGGGUAGUAUCUUACAUGUUUUUGGCUGGUACUUGUGGCUACAAGACAAAUAGUUGGGGAUAUUCAACAACUACAUUCUGAUCUUAAGAAAGAAGAACAUAGUCUUGGAUACUUUAGAAGGGAAUAAAUUAAAUUGAAUUCAGUGAGACUUUGUAAAUAACUUGCACUAAGAAAUCCAUACCUGUUAUCUCCCUUGGGCUGGCUUUUUUAAGCUGAAGACACACACGGCAAUUCUGGGAAUAGGAGAAAUGGUAUCUUAUUUGGAAAAUAAGGCAGAUGGGCAGUGUUCCGGAAUUUGGAUUGAAUAAAUGCUGUGGACUUUAGAUAUAUUGACUUGAUUUUAGUUGAACCAACAAAAUUAAUGCAUAUUUUACAUAGUUUAGAAAUGAAAUCUACUUUUAAGACCAAGUGAAUAUGAAUUUACAUGAAGAAGUAGGGCUCUUUGUUUUUCCUUUACCAAAAUAUUCAUAGAUGUUAAAGUGAAAUAUUAUUGGAUCCCCAAAACUUCAUGAAUCCCCAUUGGAGGACUUACUGAUUAGAAGAUACAUGAUAAUACUUUGCACCUAAAUUUGCAAACAUGGGUUCUAGACCCAUAGAUCCAAAAGAGCUCCUCAAGGGACUGGAUUGUUUCCUUGGCAAAGAUGGAGAAGUCAAAACUCACGAAGGCAUCACUAAAAUUUUUAAUUUAAUGAAAGAUGCGCAGAAGAUGGUCAGUCGUUGCAUCUACUUGAAUAUUCUGUUGCAGACCCGAGCACAAGAUAUACUCUCAAAAUUCAUCAAAGUUGGUGGCUAUAAGCUCCUUAACACGUGGCUAACAAGCUCAAAAGCAUCCAGUAACGUACCCCUUCUCCAGCAGAUUCUACUCACACUCCAACACUUACCUCUGACUGUGGAUCAUCUGAAACAAAACAACACUGCCAAAUUGGUGAAGCAGCUCAGCAAAACAAGUGAUGAUGAAGAACUUCGUCGACUGGCUUCCAUACUGGUGAGCGACUGGAUGGGUGUGAUCCGCUCUCAGAGUAGCUCCCAACCUACAGAACGAGAAAAGAAAAAACGAAAGGAAGAAAACAGAAGCAAAGCACCUUCCAUACAGGAGAAACCCCAGGAAACCAAAUCAGAAGUGAAGCCUGAGGAGGCUCCUGAAAAGAAGAAAGAAAAACCAAAAUCUCUCCGCACCACAGCACCUAGCCAUGCCAAAUUUCGUUCCACAGGUUUGGAAAUGGAAACGCCAUCACUCAUUCCUGUGAAAAAGAACAUAAAUACUGCAGUAGCCCCUGAUAAAUACAGUUUCAAGCCAAUACCACUGAAAAGACAGAUCAUAUCAAACCCAGUGGGAGACAACCCACCUGUUGAGAAGAAAUACAAACCCCUCAACACCACGCCCAAUGCUACCAAGGAAAUUAAAGUGAAGAUCAUCCCCCCACAACCUAUGGAAGGAUUAGGCUUCUUGGAUGCCCUAAACUCUGCCCCUGUCCCAGAAAUCAAGAUUAAAAAGAAAAAGAAAGUCCUGUCUCCAACUGCAGCUAAGCCAAGUCCUUUUGAAGGGAAGCCAGUUCCAGAAACAGCUGCCGCCAAGCCGUCUUCACCAGAGAUGAACCCAGUUUCAGAACCAAUGGAUGUGGAUCGACCUGGUACCCCUGUGCCAGCUGUAGAGGUGCCUGAACCUAUGGAGACAAAUUCCUCUGAGCAUGGAGGUUUAUUGGAUUCAAAACCGACUGAGAGCCCAGCUGAUUCAACCCAGUUGACAAAGAAGGGCAAAAAGAAGAAAACAGUGAGCUGGCCUGAGGAGAAUAAGCUGCGGGAGUAUUUCUACUUUGAAUUGGAUGAGACAGAAAGAGUCAAUGUAAAUAAGAUCAAGGACUUUGGUGAGGCUGCCAAGCGAGAAAUAAUGUUGGAUCGCCAUGCCUUUGAGACAGCCCGUCGACUCAGCCAUGAUGCGAUGGAAGAGAAGGUCCCCUGGGUCUACCCAAAGCCUAUUGAUUUGCCUGCUCCACUGGUUCAACCAGGAAGUGGGAGUCAGGAGAAAUUCACUCAAGCUGAGCGCGAGAAAGGCAUUUUACAGGAGAUCUUUCUCUCAAAAGAGAGUGUUCCUGACAGCCCUCAUGAACCAGACCCAGAGACUUAUGAGCCAGUGCCACCCAAGCUGAUUCCUUUAGAUGAGGAAUGCUCCAUGGAUGAGGCCACCUACGAUGAAAGACUCGACCCAUCCACCGCCUCGCAGUCUCCGGACGGAGCUGGGGGCUCCAAGCUCCCCCCGGUCCUGGCCAACCUCAUGGGCAGCAUGGGGGCAGGCAAGAAUCCGCAGGGCCCCAACCCCAGCUCUUCUUCCAUCAACAUGCAGGAGAUUCUCACCUCCAUCAUGGGCGGCUCAAAUAAUCACAAAACAGAAGAGUUGAUGAAGCAGCCAGAUUAUUCUGACAAGAUUAAGCACUUGCUUGGCAAUUUGCAGGGCCAGCCUGGACCAGGUCCUUCAGCAGUCCCACAUGGGCUGCUUGGACCAGGACCCGGACCAGUCCCCAAUGGAUUCCCACCAGGGCCCAAAAAUAUGCAACACUUCCCUCCUGGAGGGCCAGGGCCUAUGCCUGGACCACAUGGAGGCCCAGGCGGUCCUAACAUGCCCCCGGGCCCUGGUGUGCCCAAUGGACCGCGGAUGAUGGGCCCACCUCCUCCCCAGUGUAAUGAUGGAUACUGGGAUCCUCCCGAUGGUGGCAUGCGUGGUGGGCCCCACGGAGGCAUGAGAGGUGGCAGUCCCGGCCCAGGACCCGGACCCGGCCCUUUUCAUCGUGGCCGUGGCGGCAGAGGUGGAGAGCCUCCUUUCCGAGGGCGAGGCGGACGGAGUGGUGGUCCCCCCAAUGGUAGGGGGGGCCCUCCCAACAACAGCAUGGGCGGUGGCCAUGGAGGGGGACACGGCGGCGGUGGCCAUGGAGGGGGACACGGCGGUGGUGGCCACGGAGGUCACGGAGGAGGGGGCCACCCAGGGGACCACAGCAGGGGACAUCCUGGUGGUCAUCCAGGGGACCACAGCCGGGGACAUCCAGGCGGUCAUCCAGGGGACCACGGCCGGGGAUAUCCAGGGGACCACAGCAGGGGACAUCCAGGGGACCAUGGCAGAGGUCACCCAGGGGACCACGGCUGGGGGCACGGAGGCGGCCAUGGUGGAGAUAGGUCAAAGCGUCCUGUAUGUCGUCACUUCACCAUGAAAGGCAGCUGCAGAUAUGAGAACAACUGUGCCUUCUACCACCCCGGAGUGAAUGGGCCGCCCUUGCCCUAGCAUAAGGAGCCUGCGUCCCUCUCACCUAGCCUGACUCUGGCAUCUGGCGCACAUUCCCAUUGACCUUGAACUCUAGCCUCGCGUUCCUGUUUCUGACUGAUGCUGCACCUGCUUUUUAUGGCUUCUGUGAGGCCCUUUAAAUGCUUGGAACAAGGGAAUGUGACUACUUCCUCCCUCAGCAUCUGCUGCUACUGACGAACUGACACACCCUCAAAAGAGAAACUGUUGAGAGGCAUCUUUUCCCCUCCCCAUCUGGGGGAGGUGAGGCAACCAAUGACUUUGAAAGCACAAGAGACUUGAAAGAGGGUGGUUGUGUGUUUUUGUUUUUGUUUUAAAAGCAAUUUAUGUAAAUAUUCCUGUGGAACCAGCAAAAGGAAGGGGAUAUUCUUGCUCGCAGCCUUGAUUUCACUGGGCAGUGUUCUUCAACUUCCCAGGAGCCAGACCGGUACUGAUGAAUUGCUUUGGUCUGGAGGAAGAGCUGGCAUCGGCAGGAAACCCGUCCUUUUUAGGAACGUGUGUGAGGCAGGGGAGAGGGUGCAGCAACUGCUUGUGCAUCGUUCUGGGAGAUCUGAGGGCCGGAAAUCCAUUGAUCCUACCUAAAAGGCCCAAUGGGAGAACGGGGAAUUCCAGCAGCCGCCACUUGCACAAUAAUACCCUCUUGAACCAGGAUGCCCCAUCCGCCCCUUUGUAAAAUACCCCUUUCAGUGCCCUAUGUUGAACUGCACAGAUGUGGUUUCCCUUGGUGCUAAGUCUGCCAUUGGGGGAAACCUACAAACUGUUUUCUGUGAAAACUCAAUCUGGAGACUAAUGGUUUUAAGGGGUAACUUUUGUUUUCCUGAUUUACAUGGUUGGUUGUGGGGGUUUUGUUUUUUGUUUUGGUUUUUUUUUAAAUGGUCUCAUAAGAUGUGGACUCUCACAACAUCUUUCAUCUCCCCUCAUCCUGAAGUGGGUGCAGCAACCUCUCUCCUGAGAGGGAACAAAAUGUCUCGCUCUAAGUUUUGUAUAUUUUGUACAUUAGUAAUAAACAUGGAGAAAAAGAAAUAUCUAAUUUAACUAUUGAUAGUGUGGACGUGUUCAUUGUUGAGCUUGGAAAUUGCAUUCUGUUGGCAAAAAUUGAAUAUAAUUUCCUAGGUCUUUAAAAUGUACAUUAACCAGCCAGUUAUGUAGAGAUUGAAGAUGCUAGCACUAUUGAACAAUUUUUAGAUAAAUAAUGAUAUUCUCUGGAUGAGAGGAGGGAAUGGAAUCCACAUAGUUCUGAGCUGUUUUCAAUUAUCCUGAGUAUAAAACAAAUUGGAAUUUGCUUGGAUGGGCUCAUUUAUUGGUCAAUAAAUUGGCCCCAUUUCCCUGGGUUAAAAAUCACACCAAUAAAACUUCGCUCCUUAGGGGUUGCAGCCUUUCUUUGGAAGUAUUCCAGCAAAGAUCAUACACAUUCUUUCAGGCAGUAUUCCUAGGACACCUCAAAGGUUCCAAUAUGUGUAUCUUUUACAAAAGGUUUGAAAAUGAACCUGAAGAGGAAUACAGUCCAAAUAUCUUAUUUCCUCAGUUAGAAAUGUAGACCUGGAAAAAUAAGAAUAAUAAAUCGUACUGCUAAAUCUAAAUGAUGGCGGCCCACCGUGGUGUUAGUUGGUGGAUAAUAUGAGUUUUCUUUGGAAGAUAAUACGUACACACAGAGUAAGGACAGUCAAAUGGGACCAGUAAGAGGAGUAUAACCUUUUGUAAAAGAUUACAAGAUUUCCAAAGAUUUCUAAAAGACUUGACUUGGUAUACCAAAACAACUUCCAAGGAAAAAUCAAGUGUUUUUUUACAGCAUGCAGCAAAGUCAUCUUUUCUUGUGUGUAAUCCAUCCUUCCCAAGUACCAAAAACUAAAAUAGUAUGUGAAAAAUAAUUUUGUAAUGUAAAAUUGAAGCCUUUUCUGCUUGUAUUUUUUUUCCUGUUGAACUAAUCUGUUCUUGAAAAUAAUUUGGAGCAAGUUGUGCAUUCUCCCUCCACUUUCUGGACAUUGCUGAAGCUAUAAGGCCAGUUGCUCCCUUUGUGUAGCUUGUUUACUAACGGUAGCUAAGCUUUUCUAGCUUUUUCAUGCUAUUAUGCUUCCGAUUAUCUCAAGUUUAAGUACUAUUCCCCUCAGAACUCUUGCCUUUUAUUGAGCUGCCUCCUUAGAGAGGACCUGUUGGGCAUAAUUUGGUAUGGAGAGAACAAGUUAGUUAUGUUUAUCUCCCAUAGCAUUGCCCCUUUUUUCACAGGAAAAGUGCCGAGGGCCAAAAUAAAGAAACCCAAGAAAAACAAAAUACAAUACAGAACUUUGACUUGGGAUAAAACUAGAUGUUUUUAAGGGUGAGAUGGGUGGCAUAUCAAGUUAAUACAUUUCUAAUGAGUUUGUUGAAAACACUACCAUGUGUCCAGAUCUUAAGCUCAGCUACUCCUCGCACAAGAAUUUCCUACAAAUUCAAGUUAGAUUCUUUGCCCAGCUCUGUUUUAAGUGAUCUUGGAAUUGAUACCAUAAUGGUGACUUAGAAAGCUUAGAAGACAUAAGAAUUUUGACAGUUGACUUAACCUUAACCACACAACAAUGUAGUACCAUUGGCCCUAGCACUUUUAGGUGGGUGGAGAUAUGAUCCUCAUGAUAGAACAGCCAAUUUGGAGGCUCAAACACUCUACGGAAUCGCCUAAGGCAGGAUAGUUCACGCCACAAAAACAGGGAGGCUAAAUAUUCUCUUACAAUCUGCAAGGAGCAGGUACUGUGUCCAUCAAUCAAGAGGUAACCAAGGAAAUAUACCUGGAGUAGGAGGUGUCCUUGUCAUGGUUGGCUCUAUGGUUUUGGCCAUGGUUAAUAUCUUGAUUAAUCUUUGGGCAGAAUUUUGUUUCCUUCCAUAUUUCUUCUUACGAGAAAUAAAAACGGGAUCAAGAAUAGGUUCACAUAAAGGAUCUGGGUCAGCAGUUGUUAAGAUGACACCAAACUGGUUUGCUUUUGCCCAGAGUCCAUUUAUAGACUUCUCUACCAGGAAAGCCAUUCUAUCUCUACCUUAAAACUACAUCCCCCAGCCAGUCACUGUAACAGUGAGAUGGGUGACAUAAAAAUGAAUAAAUCUACAGGGUGCAAACAAACUGAUUUAAAAGGUAGCUACUUCUAAGCAUAAAGCUUGCUCAAUUAUCUCCCCCUGCAGUAAAUAUAAUGUCCUUACUACAGAUAGGGUCCUUACAAACGGCAGGGAUUCUACACAUAUUAAAUCAUGGUUUGUUCCAAAAACCAUACCAUGAAAUCGAGGUUGCUAAAACGACGGUGAUUAGGCCCCCUAACAGAUUAAGCCCAAAUUGAACAUUAUAACAACAUGUUAGGUGAAGUAGGCCAGUAUCAUAAAACGCAUCUUGUAUGCAGGAUGAAUUUGAGGUUGAUGACUUCGUGCAGAUGGUAGGGUAGCAUCUUAGCAUGCCCUGGGAAUUCUCCAGCAGCCUUGGGAUUUGAUCUAGAGAUGACCGUCUGCAGCAUUAUUGAAACCUUUAUUGAACCAAAUAAUACUUAGGCGAAGCUCAUCUGUAUGUCUGCAAAAGAAUUAAUUCAGGGUCGGUAUGUUUUUCUUUCUCGUAUGUUUUGAUACAAAUGGUCAAAAGCUAGAAAUUCAUCACAGAAUUAGGUAAACAGGAAACAAAGGGGGCACAUUUUAAUUUCAAUCAAGGGUAGAAGGAAAUGUAUGAUCUUGAUCCUCUUAAGAGAAUUUAAUUCAAUAAUAAAUCACCCGAUUGCAAAGGCUAAAAUGAAAAUACAAGUCUGAGGUAAAAACAUGGUGUAUGCAUACUCCUUUUUGCACUACGUGUUCUGGUAAUGUUGUGGGUUUUUAGAAAGCAAUUUAUUGAUUUUUUAAAGAACAGUAAUAGGGGACAGUUCACCCUGAUACAGUGCCCUCCAAUUAAAUCUCUGUUGUGUAUCCAGGCACACGCUGAAGGAACAUCCUUAGUACAUAUUGGUAUUGAUCAAGACCCUGUUGCUCCAGGGGUGGGCAAGCCAACGAAUUACAGUACUAUGUAAUAUCAGAAGGCUAAAUCCAUCCAAUUUGCUAAUUACUAUGUAUUAAUCAGUCAACAAGGAAGUAAAUCUUUAUCCUGUAGCAAGUGAGGAAAUUUUAAGCAAUCUGGGAAAAUGUUGUUGGGGAUACAAAAACCUGGAUAUGUUUAAUUUUACAUUGUGUUCUGUAUUAUAUAUUGUUUACUUGUAAUUCAAAUGGUAACAAUGUUAAUAUCUGUAUAACAUUGGAGGAUGAAUUCAGUAUGUAUAAUUUAAUAAAAAGAAAACAGAGGAUAAGAGCUUGGA